CCGGCUUGAAGAGGCGAAAUUGAGUGUGAAAGUGAAUAAAGCUUUGAUUUGAAGGGAACAUUUUGCCGCUUAAAGGGCCCUAAUUUGGGGCACUCGGUAAGCAAGGCCGCUUUCAAGAACCCAAUCGGACCCUCCAGCUUGUCAACCUUGAGUGGUCUUCCCAAAAUUGAUCAAUUGCCUCAUCCAGUAGAAUCGAUGUCACAAUCAAUUCCUCUCAAGUGCCUGUUGGAUCUUCGAACAAUCACAGGCUUAUCAAAAUGCGGCGAUAAGAGACGCGACUGGAAAAAAUAUCCAUUGCAACCCGAAGUCCGUCAGUAUGGAGCCGGAGAGAAGGUUUGACAACCAUUCCCAGGCCAGAAUCAAGCUGACGCUGCGCUACAGCGUCCAAAGGCAACGCUUGAUCGUCACCGUCCAUGAUAUCGAGAAUUUGGAUCGGGACGACACCAGGGGGCUCUAUGUGAAGCUCUAUCUGCUUCCAGAACGCGGAAAGGACACCAAGCGAAGAACCAUGGUAGUGAAAACGCAGAAGAGCCCAGUCUUUGAGGAAACUUUUGAGUAUGCCAUGCAACAGGGCGAGCUGGGGCAGAAGCGGCUGGAAGUGUCUGUUUGCGAAGAGCGCAUAAUCAAGAAUGAGCCUGUUGGGAAGGUGGUGGUCGAUCUUGAUAGGAUCAGUUUGGUGCUGGCGCACACCAAGCUCUUCCCUCUUUCCAGGAACCACUCCCAAAACUAAGCACCGAAUGCGGAAAAUCCCUGCUGUUGACCAACGUAAUUUUCCAGAUUUUUUAUUAGUGUUAUCCCUUUUUUUUAUUAAAAAUAUGUUUUUUUUGCCA